AUGGUAGAAUUUGGGAUUAGGAUAUACUAUACAGAUCCCUCUGGCACAUUUUGGCAAUGCAAUGCACAAGCUAUUGGCUCUGAAGGUGCAGAUAGCUCUUUGCAAGAGCAGUUCAGCAAGGACCUAACUCUUCAAGAAGCCAAAACAAUUGAUCUGUCCAUUUUAAAGCAAGUAAUUGAAGAAAAGGUGACUCCCAACAAUGGCGAUAUUGCCAAGGGAGCGCCGACGUACCAUCUCUACACCCCUUCAGAAGUGGAAGCUGUCAUCACUGGCCUAUGAGAAAUGCUUUGUCAUAAACUAUCUUCC